AUGGCGCUGUACGCUUUCCGGACAUUCCCGGACAGGCUCAAUGGGGCCCGCACUUCGUUGCUUCAUAUGUCGGUGCAGUGCCGCGGCGCUCUGCGUAGCACGGGUGCGGUAAACGAGAAGGCGUUUCCUAACAAAUCGGCCAAUUUGUUGAAAGUGAGAAGCUUUGAGAAAGUGCCCCGUGUGCCAUUGCUCCCACCGAUGGAUGCACUGCGGAAACCAUGGCGUUUGGGAGGAUUGAGCACGCGAGAUGAAAUCUGCGAAACCGGCGCCAAUUUGUUCCGGAAAUACGGUCCCAUCGUGACUGAGAAAUUUGCUGGACGCUACACCGUUGUGCACUUGUUCAGCCCGAAAGAUUUCCAUACAGUUUUCCAAGAGGAAGGGGACGCGCCUUUUCGAAUCGGAAUGGCAGCUUUGAAGCACUACAGGGACAAGGUACCCAAGGAGUACGCUGACGCCAGCAUUCUUCACCUCCAAGGUCAAAAGUGGAACAGACUGCGCUGCGCCACACAAGAGCAUCUGCUCAGGAACCAAGCCGCUUCGUCGUACGUUUCGGCCUUGAACUCCGUUGCCCAAGAUGCUGUCGAUAUAAUCGAUGACAUGGCUGACCACCGAGGAGAAAUACCCGACUGCUUUUAUUUUAUGCGCCGAUGGGCCCUAGAAAGCAUAACGCUCAUUUGUAUUGGCCUUCGCCUGGGAGCCAUAUCGCCUGCAUGUCCGCUGCCUUCGAAAGAGAGCGCAUCUAUAUUGGAAGAGAUAAUGACGUCACUUCACUGCUUAUCGGCCUUCGCUAAAACCUUCCCGUAUUAUCGCUAUUUUCCAACCUUGAAGUGGCGAAAAUUUCAACGGGCCAUGGAUGACUACACAGCGUAA